UGGUUUAACUUUCUUGAUUGGUAAUGUACUUCAUUAAAAUCGGCUCAUCAAAAUACUAACCGUUUUUUUGAAACCGUCACAUUUUAUGUUUUUCGCUUUUCCUUGCAGCUUCAACUAAAUAUUUUUUUUUUGCAUUAGUUACAUCCUCAUGAGAACUAAUAUGCAAAACUGACUCCAACACAGUAAGAAAUGCUAACUAACUAAUUUUCUUACCAACACUUAAAAUACGUUGAUAUUUUUCUCGACUUUUCCAUUUUCGGAGAAUCUCGCAUUGUGCUAAUGAUUUUUGGUUUAGACCGAUUUAGAGACUUUGCUUUGCUUUGGCUUAAAAUGAAGCCCCCGCAAGUAGAAUAAAAUGAAGCCCUUGCAAGUAGACAGUGGAUUUGGUCUUCCAAGUUAUUUGGUACUUGGACUGAAUACCGAGUUUAAAAAAAAGGAAAUUUCAAUUUAAUUAGUAAAAAAACAAUCAUCAUCUUGGACUUCAAAUUCUAAAAAAACACAUUUUUCUGCAUAAAAUUGUAUAAUACAGUUUGAUGAACUACAAAGUUUGGAAUCUAUAAUUAAAUCGAUAAAGAUAUCUAAAGAAAAAUGAUAUUUGAAAAACAUUUGUUACAGCUAUCAUUUAUUGUUACGAAUUUUGCAAUUUCACAUUUGAAAACUUUAUAUUGGUAGAUUUUGAAUUAAUCUAGCGAUGAGCAUAUGUGAUCCCUUGCGUAUUUUCCAGGGGCACAUUUGAAAACUUUACGGUGAUAUAAGGUAGGAAUUCAUCAGACUCUCCUUAUAAAUUAACCUAAAGAUUUUGAUAGGGAGCAAACGCGAGAAAGAUUUUCACAGGGUGAAAACACAUAAUAUCAUCGGCCCCUUCUUUCGCUUAAUUGUGUGUCCGAAGUGACAAACAAUGGAACUUGAUGGGUUCUUCAUGUAAAAUAAAACUCUUAGUGUAAGUUCAAGGCCGAAACCUAAGCACAAAUUUGAAACAUUCGCUUUCUUUGUGCUUCAACGUAAAAACACAUAUGGAACCUGUUGGGCUAUCUGCUCAAACUUUCUCACUAUAAAAAAGAAUCCCCGAAACUUUAUGAUAUUGAUGAAGUAAUAAUAAUAGAGUGAAUGUCGAAAUCCAAAACAAACAGAGUGUGUCUUUACAAGGGCUUAGUAAUAAAAUGGAAGCAUGCGCUAAAGAUAAGUCAAACCCAAUUUAGCUUUCGACAAUGUUGGAAGAGCCAACUCUAAAAUAGCAAGAACAACUUUGAUUAGGAAGCCAACUCGAUUAUCAGCUAAGAAACUCUCUCGAUCCAACCGACUUGACAACUUUAGAAAAGACAAUCAAAGAAAGAGUCAGACUAUAAAUAGGAUAGACAUUGUCAUUAAAUUAGCUCAGUCAGAAUUAUUAAAGUCAAUUUAGCUUAACUAGAUGCAACCUUGAUGGAAGAAGAAUUAUUGCUUAAAAUAUUGAAAGAAAUAAAAAUGAAAGUACAUAAUGCAUUUGUCAACUUUCUAUUGUUCAAACAUCUCACACAUGGAUCCAUUUUUCACUUAAAGGUAACAUAAUCAAAACCCUAACCCUGAUUCCUCUUUCACCUCUUUUACACUAUCUAGGCUCACCACCAGUGAAGCAGCCAUGGCAGAUUGGUCCGAGCUUCCAAAAGAUCUUCUGCACUUAAUAUCCGAAAAACUCAACAGUGAUUUCUACAUUCUUCGUUUUCGUUCUGUCUGUUCCACAUGGCGCCUUUCCAUACCUAAACCUCACAACCAUUUCCCCUUGAAGCUCCCGCACUUUUCCCGUCGCAACAAACUAUACAAUCACAGCAUCUUUCUCAUCAAACCACCCGCAACACCCAACCAACAAACUCUCUACCGCCCUUGGUUGGUCAGAAUCUGUCGAACUUCAACCGGAAAGUUUAACCUAUGUCACCCCCUUUCACGUCACAGAUUUAAUAUACCUUCUGAUUCGAGGGUUCUUGACUUCAGCCAACUCUCUGUCUUCAAUAUCCAAGAGGUUUAUAUUCGCGGAGUGUCAUAUCAAAAUUCAUCUACCAUUGGAUUUUGUCAUUUUGAUCGCUCUGUUGCAACGUUUCAGAGGGAACAUAUUCUGGAGAUUGUCACAACCGAUAGAAACUCCGGGGAGAUGGUGAUGUUCCAUCGCAGAGGCAAUGGUUUGACUAAGAUCCCCAAUGUGGCACCAUACUACCAAGGCAUGUGCAUUUUUAAAGGCCGGCCUUGUCUAACCGACGAUACUGGUCGGACUGUGAUGAUCGGAUCAGAUUUGAGCGUUCACUUGGUGGCUGAGCCUGUUUCGGGUGACGAUCUCGAUGGCCUCAUUUACAUUAUGGUGGAAAAUGAGUCUGAGUUGUUGCUUGUUCACAACUAUGAAGAUGAUUAUGAAAGUGAUGAUGAUUAUGAUAAAUAUGAUGAGCCUAUUGAUGUGUUUAGGCUUGACCAGAAAGAGAAAAAGUGGCUGAAGUUGGAAAAUUUAGGGGAUACGGUUUUGUUUUUGGGACAUGGCUAUUCGUUUGCUAUAUCGGCGUCAGAUUUGGGUUUGGACAAUGGGAAUUUUGUGAUUUAUUGUAACUAUAUUCGUAACGAAAUCAGGGUUUUUCCCUUGGAUCAACACAGGACUUUUCCGUUGUCUGAUUAUCCAGAUUAUGUCAAGUUGUUCUGGCCACCUCCGGAGUGAAUCGUCAGUAGGUGUUUGUGACAAAGUAUUGAAUAAUUCUAAUCCAUCUUUAGCUUGUGAUUGAAGAAGAGUACUUAGCCAUGGUGGAUCCCUUUUCUUUAACAUCAUUCCGAAAGCUUCGCCUUGGUAAAUGUUUAUUUGAACAAAUUGGAUCACCUUGUGGAUGAUAUGAUUCAUAGUUCCUGGUAUGCAGAGAUCUGUGCAUAAAAUUCAAAUUUAUAUGAAAGUAUGGUCCGUAUAUUGAGUGAGUGGUCAAUGGUCCCCACAUGUCUAGAUGCAGUAGGUCAAGUUUAUGCAACUCUACCAGAAACUAGAAUAAAAAUGCAAUUUCUUAUGUUCUGCAAAGUGAUAAGUAUCUCAUAUUAAAGGAUCAUGUACAAGUAAAUAACAAUUCAGUAUGUGAAAGUUUCUAUAGAAUUUUCGUCAAAAAAAAAACAUAUCCUUUAAUUUCCGUUAUGAAUAUGCAUUUCUUGACCUUAAGCAUCAA